AGGACCCCGGCGCCUACCCAUGCCGAGGUGAGUCUGCGGGAGCGCCGCCGCCGCUGUCCGGUCCCUGCUGCCGCUCCGCGCGGCCUCUCCGCCGGCCAGGAUGCUGGAGGAAGCGGGCGAGGUGCUGGAGAACAUGCUGAAGGCGUCGUGUCUGCCGCUCGGUUUCAUCGUCUUCCUGCCCGCUGUGCUGCUGCUCGUCGCGCCGCCGCUGCCCGCCGCCGACGCGGCGCACGAAUUCACCGUGUACCGCAUGCAGCAGUACGACCUGCAGGGACAGCCCUACGGUACGCGGAACGCAGUGCUCAAUACAGAGGCCCGCACCGUGGAUGCAGACGUGCUGAGCCGCCGCUGUGUGCUCAUGAGGCUGCUGGACUUCUCAUAUGAGCGGUACCAGAGGGCCCUGCGGCAGUCGGCGGGUGCCGUGGUCAUCAUCCUGCCACGGGCCAUGGCUGCUGUGCCCCAGGAUGUCAUCCGGCAAUUCAUGGAGAUCGAGCCGGAGAUGCUGGCCAUGGAGACCAUUGUUCCUGUGUACUUUGCCGUGGAGGACGAGGCCCUGCUCUCCAUCUACGAGCAGACGCAGGCCGCUUCGGCCUCCCAGGGCUCUGCCUCCGCUGCUGAAGUGCUGCUCCACACCGCCACUGCCAAUGGCUUCCAGAUGGUGACCAGCGGGGUGCAGAGCAAGGCCGUGAGUGACUGGCUCAUUGCCAGCGUGGAGGGGCGGCUGACAGGGCUGGGCGGAGAAGACCUUCCCACCAUCGUCAUUGUGGCCCACUAUGAUGCCUUCGGCGUGGCCCCGUGGCUGUCCCAUGGCGCGGACUCCAACGGGAGCGGCAUCUCUGUGCUGCUGGAGCUGGCGCGACUCUUCUCCAGGCUCUACACCUACAAGCGCACCCAUGCCGCGUAUAAUCUCCUGUUCUUUGCUUCCGGAGGGGGCAAGUUUAAUUACCAGGGAACCAAGCGCUGGUUGGAAGAUAACCUGGACCACACAGAUUCGAGUCUGCUGCAGGACAACGUAGCCUUUGUCCUCUGCCUGGACACAGUGGGCCGGGGGGACAGCCUGCACCUGCACGUGUCUAAACCUCCCAGAGAGGGGACGCUGCAGCACGCCUUCCUGCGGGAGCUGGAGAUGGUGGCUGCCCACCAGUUCCCGGAGGUGCGGUUCUCCAUGGUGCACAAGAAGAUCAACCUGGCAGAGGACAUGCUGGCCUGGGAGCAUGAGCGCUUUGCCAUCCGCCGGCUGCCAGCCUUCACCCUGUCCCACCUGGAGAGCCACCGGGACGGCCAGCGCAGCAGCAUCAUGGAUGUGCGGUCUCGAGUGGACUCUAAAACCCUGACCCGUAACACAAGGCUCAUCGCAGAGGCCCUGACCCGGGUCAUCUACAACCUGACGGAGAAGGGGACGCCCCCGGACAUGCCUGUCUUCACAGAGCAGAUGAUCCAGCAGGAGCAGCUGGACUCAGUGAUGGACUGGCUCACCAACCAGCCCCGGGCGGCCCAGCUGGUGGGCAAGGACAGCACCUUCCUGAGCACGCUCGAGCACUACCUGGGCCGCUACCUGAAGGAGGUGAAGCAGCACCACAUCAAGGCGGACAAGCGGGAUCCCGAGUUUGUCUUCUACGACCAGCUGAAGCAGGUGAUGAACGCGUACAGGGUCAAGCCAGCCAUUUUUGACCUGCUCCUGGCUGUCUGCAUUGGUGCCUACCUUGGGAUGGCCUACACGGCGGUCCAGCAUUUCGACCUCCUGUACAAAACAGUCCAGAGACUGCUCCUGAAGGCCAAGACGCAGUGACGGGCCUCGCCAGCCCCCGCUCCCCUCGUGCUCACGGUGGCCGGACUCCUGAGCUACAGAGCUUCCCUGUGUUGCUAUCGAGGAUUUGGGGUCUUUCUACUUUGUCCUUUGAACUGCCUUGCAGGGGCAUUUGGGGGUGGCCCUGGGGCCAGGCCAUGGACUUGGAAACUAGCCCUGGACGAGCCCCCAGCCCCGGGGCCAGCCCUGACUGCCAGCUCUCAAGGAAGCCACGCUAGGAAAGAGGAAGCAUGAGGGCCCCUCCGCCAGGGCCGCAGCUGCCACUCCCGCCUGGGACGCCGCCACGCACAGCAGCCACGCAGCGCACACCCCCUGUGCUGGCUCCAGCUGACGCGCCCCUACCCGUGACCUGGAUGUUCUCCGUGUUUCCUGAGAGGGCACCCAGCCUCUGGGUUCUGGCCUCUCCCUCGGAAACCUCGAGUCCCCGCCUGGGGGUGGCUGGGGUUGCCCCUCAGUCAGGAGACCUCAGGACCUGUCUCCCUGAGCCCUGAUGGGUGCCCGGCGGCCUCCUCACCUCCCCCACCCAGCUCUGUGGCUCACCCGGAUGAGCUUCCCGCCACCUCUGCCCCUUCUGCUGCGCCCGGGAGCUUCAGCACUCUCCAGCCAGCCCCCCGCUUGUGACAUCCCGGACCCCAACCGCAGACCCUCGGCCUUGGCCUCAGGCUGUCCUUCUGGGGACCUGGGUGUCCUCAAGUCCCUGGAGGAGGAGAGAGGCCCCUUCUUCCGGGGAGGGAGCCUAGGAGGGGGUUAAGGGAAGACAGUGGGGUGGGAGAGGGGGGCCUGCAGCAUGGGGUUGACCUCAGGGAGACCCAGAGUAUCAUUCAUUAGCAAUAUAAUCAAUUAAGUGUUAAGUGCUUGGGGGGGGAGGGGAGGACUCAGGCUCUGGGCGCCUGUCUCCACUGCCAGGGCAGCCCCCCAUCCUGCAGCUCCUGCUGUCUCUGGGCUGCCUGCGUCCUGCCGCUCUUGGCUCCUUUGCCACGCAGCCCUCCCUGGGCCCUGCUGGGGAGGGGCCGUGGGGGCCCCAGCUCUUCCUAGUCUCCCUCUUCCCUUUAUAUGCUCCCUGCUGGCUCCCCAGAGACUGUUUACUGAGUGCCUGGCCGCCUCCCUCUGGGGACAGGGACAGCCGGCUCCGUGAAAGGGUUUGGCAGGUGUCAGGGCGGGUGCGCCCUUGGGGCUGCCUCCCCAGGGCCACUCUCAGGACUGGCUGGCCACUCAAAACUCAGGCUGGACAUGGGACGCAGUUGGGUGAUCAGAAAAUAAAGCCAUAUCGAACGAUCAGCCUCCCAUCUCGGCCGGGGAGGUCUUGGGAGUUGCGUCUGCUUUUUUUUUUUUUUUUUUUUUUUGCAUAGAAGAACUGGG